AUGAAGCUUUGGAUUCUGUUUGUGGCCGUUUGGCUUCAGCUGGAGGCUGCUGCUGCUGCAGGUGAGUCAUGUGUUUUUACUUUUCCUGCUCCAGGCCCGUUGAAGGUGGACGGGUCUCAGGACGGCGGCGGCGACACCAUCAGUCACUCCCUGAUCCUGGUACAGCGUCUGGAGGCUCUGCUGGCUCAAGGCAACGGCAGCGACGUCUCUCUGAGGGUGGAAACGCCCAGCGCUGACGAGGUGAAGGUGAUCCAGGUCCACUCGCUGGUCCUGUCCCUGCAGAGCUCCGUGUUCGAGGAGAUGCUGCAGAACCGCAACAGCAGCGUGAUGGUGCUGAGAGAAAACUCCGACUGCGCCGCCGUGUUCGACCGUUUCAUCAGGUAUCUGUACUGUGGAGAGGUUUCCCUGCGUCUGGAUCAGGCCAUUCCUCUGCACAAACUGGCCACUAAGUACCAGGUUCUGGGCCUCCAGCAGGGCAUCACUCAGUACAUGACCCAGAAUCUGGCCAGGGACUCCCCAUCGGGCCACGUGGCUGGCUGGUACGAAUAUGCCCUGCAGGCCGGUGACAUGACACUGAGGGACAGCUGUCUGCAGUUCAUGGCCUGGAACCUUUCUUCGGUUCUGCAAAGCGGUGAGUGGGUCAGUAUCAGCAGCCAGCUGCUCAUGUCGCUGCUGCAGAGGUCCGAUCUCAUCCUGCAGAGCGAAGCCGAGCUGUUCGCCGCCCUGGAGGCCUGGAUCCUCCAGAACGAGCCGGACGGCCUGACGGCGGAGAACGCUUUGAGGGCGGUCCGUUACGCCAUGAUGACGCCUCGGGAGCUGUUCCGGCUGCAGACCCAGUCCUCAGUUCUGGCUCGGUACCAGGAGUCGGUACGUGACCUGCUCUACAUGUCCUACCAGUUCCAUUCCGCCUCGCCGCUGCAGAUGGCCAAAUACUUCGACGUCAACUGCAGCCUCUUUGUGCCGAGGAACUACCUGUCGCCGACGUGGGGCUCGCCCUGGAUCAUCAACAACCCGACUCGCGAUGACCGCAGCACAAGCUUCCAGACGCAGCUCGGACCCAGCAGCCAUGACGCCAGCAAGCGGGUCACCUGGAACGCGCUGUUCUCGCCCCGCUGGCUGCCGCUCAGCAUGAGGCCCAUGUACACCGAGACCGGCACCAUGCAGCCGACCCGAGUAGAGGGCGGCCGGCCUCGCAUCAUCAUCACGCCGGCUACGUCCAGCGCCGACUUUGCCGGGGUGAACUUCCAGAAGACAGUGAUGGUGAUGGCGCAGCAGCAGGGGAAGGUGGUGGUGAAGCACGUCUACAACUUCCACCAGAGCACCGAGGAGAACGGAGACUUUCUGGCCGACGCCGACUUGUACCGCCGGACGUCCGAGUACCUGCUGGACAGCUCGCUGCUGCUCCACGUGGUGGUGAAGCCGCUGUACCAAACCCUGAUCAGCACCAAGAACUGACCAGGUGGAACACGCCAGAUUAGCCCCCCCGCCAAAGUAUGUUUUGGCUAAUCUGGCCUGUUGCACCGGAUCAUAUCCCAUCGGGGAGUCGCGGAUGCGAGUCCUCCUCUGUGGCGUUCGGAUCAUUCCUCUCAUCUCCAUGGCAGCGAAUAACCAGAGUUUUAUUCAUGAUGGCGAAAAAUCGAGAAAUAGACAGUGGCACAUGUUUUUCUUAUUGCCAAUAAAUCCUGUACCAAAUCUGGAUUAACACUUUAAUGCAAAAUGUGGGUCAAGAGAUACCCAUUUUCCAUUGAAUUUGGGUCAUUUUUGACCCAUGUUGUGCAUCAAAGGGUUAAAGGGAAUUCAUUGAAAUAUUUUGAAAUUCAAAAAUUCAACCCUGGAGUGUUAUUGGAGAACAUUAGACUUCUUUGCUUUUGUGACAUUUUUCAAAAUUUGUCAUUUUCAUGUUGAAAUGUAAGGUCAGUGAAGUUCCCUAACCUGUUAGUGGUUUAAAAAAAAGCAUUCCAAGAAAUGGAACCCUCAACCGUAAAAUGUGUGAGUUUCGUCAACUAACCAUUGUUAGUUUUGACGUUUUGACCACAAAUAUGGAAGAGGACCGAGCUGCAAGUCCGUCUUUUUCCAACUUCGGAGAAAAGAGAAAGUUUGAGACAUUCCAGGCCUCUGCUGAUUGGUCAAAUGCCACGAUGUAGUGUGAUGUAACGUAGAGGGAUCUUCGCUGAUUGGCUGGAUGAAAACCACAUGCUUCUCAACUUCACUGAGAGGUGGAAUCACUUACCUGAUGAAGGGUUAAUCUACCGCAGAAAAUAGUCCCCAACAAUUCAUAGUUUCCUCCAGCUUCAUUAACUUUAGCUAAAAACUCCAGAGCUCAGCUGUUUGCGCUCAGGUUUUGGAUUAGGGUUGGGGUUUGGGUUUUUCAUGGGAUUUACUGACAAUAAGAAAAGUCUAGAUUCUCACCAGCCUUCUUCUUCUUGUUCUUCAUGCUUGAGGUUUUGUUCCUUCCACAGUUUCUUUGUUUUAUUCUCAAAUAUUGGUGCUAUUUUACCGCAUUUACACUUCAGGGGUCGCAGCUGUCUUUCAUCACCCAGUGAGCACUGAUCUGAAGGUUGAAUAAAAAAGGUUUUCAGCGAUAAUAUUUAAGACAUGGUCACUUAAAUAUGCAGUUAUGCGUAAUUUUCAAUACAGAAAGCCACAUUUUUCAUCAAUAAAUCAUCAAACCAAAGCUCGCUGGGCACCAGAUGUUCAUCCAACUGAACUUUUUACAUUUAUCUUGUGCUUUAAUGUCAGUAUUUAUUUACAAAAGCAGACUUUCAGUGUCCACACCGCCGUAGAAACGACCGUUAGUUCAUUCAUUCAUGUGAUUGUUGUUCUUACCUGAUCAAUGUUACCUGACAAUAAAAGAUUUUUACUGAAAUUUUAAAACUAAACUGAAAAUUGUCAUUUGAUUUCACUUUUGUUUGGUUUCUUUCUUUUCUUUUAUUUAUUUGAUAGAUAUAACAAAAACAAACAUUAUUGCUACUUAGAUUGUAUUUUGUUCCUGUACUUUAACAUUCACAGCUUGAUUUAUAGCAUUUUUUUUGACAUUUUAUUCUUAGAAACAAAGAAAUCAUAUUUUUUUGGCUGUUGAUAAAAUUUCUUAAUCAAUGGAGUGAAAAUGUUUGACUUUGUUGAAUUUUUAUGGAAAAUAAUGCAAAAUAGAACUUUAUUAAACCCGAAGGAAAUACUUAAAGUAACAUAACAUGAAAAUACAUGUUUGUGUGUGUUUUGAUAGUUUUACAGUGUUUUAAAAUGUUUUAUAGCAUGCAUUGUUGGUGCACUUUGGGAGCAGCUCAUUACAUUUUGCUGUACUUUGUUUAAUGACAAUAAAGACAUUUUAUUGCAUUUCUAUUUCUAUUGCUAAAUGCUGUUCAGUAGAAAAUCAAUAAGAUUUAAGUAUGCCACUGAAAAUAAAAAUAACUAAAAGUAAGACAAGAAUAGAAAAGUGAGAAGUAAGAGCGGCAGUAAAAUACUGAAGCUGACAUUUCACAACCGGAUGAGGCUCAUUUGCAUAUUUAAACAUUAAAUUCAUAAACUUGU